AUGGUAUUGGUAUUGGUAUUGGUAUUGGUGUUUGGUGCUGGUGUUGGUGUUGGUAUUGGAUUGCACCAGGAGUUGGAACAUUUCAUCAUGGCGAUGCUUUGUCGUGUUGUUGAGGUUGAUUUGUACAAAUUUGAUCCCUGGGAGUUGCCAGAGAAAUCAUUCCUUCCCAAACGCGACAUGGAAUGGUUCUUCUUCUGUCCCCGGGAUAGGAAAUACCCAAAUGGAUCGCGCACAAACCGUGCUACCAAAGCUGGCUACUGGAAAGCCACUGGUAAAGACCGGAAAGUUGUUUGUCAGUCUUCUGUGACUGGUUAUCGUAAAACCCUAGUUUUCUACCGUGGAAGAGCUCCAAUGGGGGAUCGAACAGACUGGGUAAUGCAUGAGUAUCGCCUCUGCGAUGAUCUUUCUCAAGGAUCACCAACUUUCCAGGGAGGUUUUGCUUUGUGCCGUGUGGUUAAGAAGAAUGAGCUGGCACAGAAGACAAAUGAUGGUUAUGGAGAGCCAAAAGCAAAGCGGAUUGGAAGUAGUUCAAGCAUUGGGGAUUUUACCUCGACAGGAAUGUCAAGUGAGGCUGUGACCGUCUCUGAGGACACAACCUUUCAAAUGAGUCACCUAGGCAAUAGCAGUAAUUUUUCGAGCCCGGUUACUUCUCCAUAUCAGACAACACCAAUGGUGGAGAGUGAAGCAUUUUCAAUGGGGACUAAUCCAAGUAGCCUCUGGGUAUCACCUGACUUGAUCCUUGAUUCUUCUAAGGAAUACCCACAACGACAAGGUGUGUCUGCAUACUAUCCACAAUGCGAGUUUCCAAAUUCAACAACUCAAUGGCAAACUUAUAAUCAAUAUGAAAUCUCUCCCAGUUCAUCGUACUCGAAUUUUACAGAGGAAGUUGAACUUGGUGAUGGUCUAAGUCAAUUCUGUAGCAUGUCACCUUACUCAGGACACACAAAUUACAUGGGUUUUUGUGGAAAUGACGAUGUGCAAUAUGAAGGUUAUGAUCACCAGACCAAUUCACUGAGAAAUCCAAAACACUUCUGAAAAACAACAAAUGGGAGCCAUUGUAGUUUCAUUUUCUUUUUCUUUCUUUGACGCCGGAUUUGAAACUUGGGAUCAACCUGCAAUUGCUAGGCCUAGCAGAUAUUGGAGUUUGGAAGAACUUCGUGGUCUAUGGUCAUUGUGAUGUGAAGAAUAGUCUGCCAAAAGUAGGGCUAUGCUUCUGAGACAACGCCUUUUAAUGUUGUUCGUGGAGUGGAAAACAAUGAGUACUAUCACUUGUAGUCGGUAUGGAUUUGCUGUUAGAGUCCCAGUUAUGGUUGUUGUCGGUGUUGCUCUCUGGUUUAUGUAACUAGGUAGUGAAAAGGACGAUCCCCCUGGUGAUGAUCACUUUUAUAGAUUGCACUGGGAGUUGGUUAUAUAUGUUGUUCUUAUAAAAUAAUGAAGCUUCUUUCAUGGAAGCCACUUUUCUGUCAAAAUUAAUGUUGAAUGUUAAAUCUUCAAAACCCAAGUUCGAUA